UUUCCUUCCCGCCUCCUAGAAUUUUACCUCGAUCUUUUAAACGUACUGUACCACAACCACGUAGUCUCUGUUCUAUCGAAUCGGGCUCUCAGUACGCCCCGAUCCCCAGAAGAACACUGGCUGCUGAGGAGGUUCGUCUGUCACGCAGUCGAUCCCCAAUACGCGGCGCAGUAUGUCGCCAGGAGAAUCGAAGCCCAUGCUCCUAACGACGUCGGAGGCGUCUUGCGAGAUAUGAAAAGCGAGUGGAAACAAUUGGUCCAGAAAUUCUCGCAGCGAGUUGAUGUACCGCUAGGUCUCGAAGGCCUGGUCCGACGCCGGGAUAGCGAUCAAUGCUGUCUCGGUGGUUCUAUGGUUGAUCCAAGCGCUAGAGGCGUUUCGCGUGCGGAACCUGCUUGGAUCAUUCCACCUAACAUCUUUCACGAUGGCCAACUAGUCCCCGAAGUAAGCAGCCUUGUCGGAAGAGAGAACUGCCUGUUGUUAACGUCGGGUGGAACCUGCCUUUUAGACCCAGGGAUCACUUUGUCCACUCUUGGAUGCCUAUUUAACGCCCGCCAAAGUAUCCCAACUACAAACGAAGCUCUCCCAUAUGAGCCACGAAGACUGAACGGGAUAGUCGACUGGGAAUAUGCCGGAUACUACCCCGAGUAUUGGGAGUUCACCAAAGCCAUGUACGGGAUCAUCAACCAUCCGGAGCUGGAGAAGAUCCAUUGGGACGCAUUCGGGAGAUGUGUACAAAGACGAGCUGGAGGUCGAAAGACUAUGGCACGAAUCUCCGUUUGGUCUGUAACUUAGUGCACUCCUCUAUCGGACAUAUGCUGUCAAGUCUAGAAUAACGAUUUCCCGGGGGAGAACCCCCGGACCCCCCUUCUUUUUCAACUUCCUGGACA